CGCAGCUUCCGGUCGGCAAGAUGGUGGCGCGCAGAAGAAAGCGUGUGGCGCGGGAGUCUGAGUCCGGGGUUCCAAUCUUGCCCGGCUACUCAGCCAUUCCGAUAAAAUUCUCUGAAAAGCAGCAGUCUUCUCAUUACCUCUAUGUGAGAGAGCACAAGGUUCGAGAAGGCACCAGGUCUUCCUGGCCUCAGAAGCGGACCCUUUUUGUCCUCAACGUGCCCCCAUACUGCACAGAGGAGUGCCUGUCCCGCCUCCUGUCCCCCUGCGGGCCCGUCCAGUCGGUGGAGUUACAGGAGAAGCCGGAGCUUGCUGAGAGCCCAAAGGAGCCCCCAUCGAAGUUCUUUCACCCCAAACCAGUUCCCGGCUUCCAGGUGGCCUACGUGCUGUUCCAGAAGCCCGGCGGCGUGUCGGCCGCCCUGGCCCUGAAGGGCCCCCUGCUGGUCUCCACUGAGAGCCACCCUGUGAGGAGCGGCGUCCUCAAGUGGAUCCGAGACUACACGGACUCAGUGCCGGACCCCGAGGCCCUGAGGGUGGAGGUGGACGCCUUCAUGGAGACUUAUGACCGGAAGAUAGCGGAGGAGGAGGCCAAGGCCAAGGAGGAGGAAGGCGUUCCGGACGACGAGGGCUGGGUGAAGGUGACCCGCCGGGGCCGCCGGCCAGUGCUCCCAAGGACGGAGGCGGCCAGCCUGCGGGUGCUGGAGCGGGAAAGGCGGAAGCGCGCCCGCAAGGAGCUGCUCAACUUCUAUGCCUGGCAGCACCGCGAGACCAAGAUGGAGCAUCUCGCGCAGCUGCGCAAGAAGUUCGAGGAGGACAAGCAGAGAAUCGAGCUGAUGCGGGCCCAGCGCAAGUUCCGACCCUACUGAGCCUUGCCCGCCCCCACGGGCCCCGAGGAGCCAGGUGGUGCCCAGCUGGACCCGGGGUCCUGGAAUACCUGUCUCAAUGGCUGUGCCAGGCCGAGGGGCCCGUGUGAAACCCCAGAGACCUGAGCCCACGGGGUGGGGUGAAGGACAGAGUCGCCCAUCGGCUCCCGUGUGCUUCGGCCAUCCUGGGGCCCGGAGCGAGGACUUGGCCUCCAGAAGCCCCUGGCCUGGAGCUAGCCCCUUCCCUGUUCUUGGUCCCGUCCCUGGCCUGGCUCCGAACUCUCGUCUCCGGGCUGACUGUCCGCUGUGUUCGCCCCUUCUUCCUGAUGGAGAAGCCCCUGUGGGCAGUGAGACGGCCUCACAAGCAGUGAGAAUACAAGAACGUUUUUAUUUUUCAUCCAGCUAGGUGGCAAGAAAGGACUACAAAAGCCAGCUGGGCUAUCCCAGGCCACAUACACACCCGCUGCCCAGUCACAAAACAGACACCGUCCCCUCUCCCCGCCUCCGGAAGUCACAGAUAUUGCAGUCAGAAUCUUACACCCGUCUGCACCCCCACCCCCAGCUCUGCCAUAGCGCUCGCUCUGGCCGUGCUGGUCUUCGGGACCAGGGCCCUGGUCUCCAGCACGCUGGCCUGGGCUCGGGAGCUGGGAGUCCGGUGCUGAAGCUGGUGGCUGUGGCCCCAGGCCCCGGGCUACAGGGGGGCGGGGCUCCUCUCCUUGCUCUGUAAAAAGGAGCUGAUGACAUCAGCCACGAGCUGGGGUUGGUUCAUGUGGACGUAGUGAUUGCCCGGGACUUCCACGUACUGGAACCUCUGGGGAGGGGAGGGGACGUGGGAUGAGGUGACCCAGUGGAGGGCCGCCUCCCAGCGGUUCCGUGUGUCCACAGCUUUGCCGGCCCUCGUCAGUCAGGGGAGGGGGUAGUCGGGCCUGGCUCUGAGCCGGUGGGAAAGGCCUUCCUGGGAGGGAAGUGCCCAGCCCUAGGGUUCUAGGCCACUCCGAGCUGAGGUUGUAGAGCUCAGCUGGGGAGGGGCCAGCAGUCCAGUCCUGGGUCUGGUCAUCAGCUAAUAUUCACUUGAAGAAAGAACAAGCAGAGCCUUUCCAGCCUGCCCGGGAGAAAGGCCCACAGGGCAGGAAGGAAGACGCUGGACGCUGCCUGGCCGUCUGCUGAGGCCCCAGGGUCAGCUGUCUGUGGUGGGUGAUGCUCCUAAAAUGCCAGGUGUUCCCAGGAGCCCAGGCAAACAUCAGAGUCACAGCGCCCAUCCCAGCCCUCCAACUUAGGACCUGGUCGUCUGUUCCCAUGAGACCCUAGGAGAUUGUAGCAACACUCAGUUGGGUGUGGCCCAGGAUUACGGGCAGACAAUAAAACCAGGAGAUUCUGCCAAUGAAAA